CUUAUUUUGCGAAAUAGGUUGAAUUAUGCUCUCACAUACCCUGAAGUUGUGCUAUCUUGAUGCAAAGGCAUAUUCUUGUUGAUGGCAAGGUCAGAACAGACAAGACAAUACCGGUUUAUUUUUCAGAUGUCAUAUCAAUUCCCAAGACAAAUGAGAACUUCCAUCCCUUUUAUGACACCAAGGGUCGUUUCAGACUCCACUCAAUCAAGGAUGAAGAGGCGAAGGUCAUUCAAGCUUGCAAGGUCCCUAAUGUGCAUUUUGGAACAAAGGGUAUCCCAUACAUCAACACAUCUGAUGGUCUCACUAUCCGCUACCCAGAUCCCCUUGUCAAGGCCAACAAUACUAUCAGGCUUGAUCUUGAGAGCAACAAGAUUAAUUUCAUCAAAUUUGGCAUUGGCAUCGUUGUCAUGGUCACUGGACGAAGAAACAGAGACCGUGUUGGUGUCAUUAGGAACAGAGAAAAGCAUAAGGGAAGUUUUGAUACCCUUCACAUCCAGGAUAACACCGGUCAUGAAUUUUCCAAUUGUUUUGCAAAUGUCUUCAACAAUGGUAAGGGUUCAAAGCCAUGGGUAACCCUCCCCAAGGUCAAGGGUAUCAAGUUAAUCAUCAUCAAAGAGGCAAGGGAGCAUCUUGCAGCACAAGGAUCCGCUACUGAUUGA